AUGCUUGAUUUAACAGGAAAUAGUAAUAAUAAUCGUCGACAUAGUUUAGAUUUAUCUGAUAGUAUGUCAAUUCUUUCUCUUCAUUGUCGUCAUAAUCAUCAUCUUAAUGGAAAUAUUUAUACAAAUAUGGUUUCUGGUGGAGAUGCAUCAACAGUUAAUACUGAAACUCAAACAUCUCAUUUAGCAGGUGGUGGUGGAUCAUCAUCAUCAUCGUCUUCAACAAAUUCAUCACGUACACAAAUUCAUCAAUCACAACAACAACAACAACAUAUACAUCCAUCAACUCAUUUUCCUCCAUGGCCUGCACAUCAUUCACAACCAUUGUUUUAUCCAGUAGUUUCUUAUCAUCCUAUUUAUUCAUAUCCACCAUCAACAUCAACAGCAAUUCAACAUCCACCAGCACCACUUUGUAUUCAUCCACCACCAACAACAAUUAGUAGUUCAUCAUCAGAUAUAUAUAGUCAUCAUCAUGAUACAAAUAGUCCAAUUAUAACUUCACUUCAUAGUCAACCAAGCGAUGAGAAAUCAUCAACAUCAUCUUUUCAACGUAAUAGUCGUUCAUCAUCAUCAUCUUUACUUUCAGCUAAUUCACAACGUUUAAGUCAUCAUCAAUUAACUGAACAACAUGAUCAUUGGUGGCUUGAUAUUCCAUCAACAACAAUAUUUCGUAUGUCAUCAUGUUAUGCUUAUCAAACAAGUUCAAUUGAUGUACCUAUUAAAAAUAAUGGUUCAAUUGACAUAACAUUAACUGUUAAUAUUCAUAAAUGGGAUAUUAUUUCAGAUACGAGUUCAACAUCGAAUGAACAUCAUCAAAUAAUUCCAUUUCAAUUAGAUAAAACUGAAUAUAUGAUUAAAUCUCAACAAGAAAUCAUGAUUAAAGUACAUUUUUGUCCAUUUCAAACAGGCAAUUAUCAAUGUAAAAUAAAUAUAAAAUGUCAAUUUUGUCCUCAACAUCAAUCACCAUCAUCAACUUCACUUGUCACAUUAGUUGGUGUCUGUCAUGAUCCUCGAAAUGAGCAUCCAAUAUUACUUUCAUCAAUUAAAGAACAACAACGAAAUUCGGAUGAAAAUCUUAUCAAUCGAACAUCAUCACAAAGUCAAGUAUCAGAUAUGUCUUUAGCAUCAACAACAGCACAAAGUGAUGGUGAUCUUACAUCCACCAGUCAACAUCGACAAAAAGAUGCUAUACUUGAUAUUGCCAAUCAGAUUGGUAUUGAACAAAAUAUACUUGAUUUUGGUCAAGUUUGUAUUAAUGAAGACUCAACAACAAAUUCCAAAACACUUAAAUUAACAAUUAAAAAUUAUAGUCGAACAGAUCCUUGUGAUGUUGAUAUAAAUGAACCACAUUUACCAUUCUGUAUAAGUGUACGUCGUGCUACAAUUAGAGAAAAAUCAUUUGUUAAAUUAACGUGUAAAUUUCGUCCGAAGAAAAUCGGUCUCUAUAGUGAAAAUGUAACAUUAGUUAUAAAACGACGAAAUAAUUUUAAAACAACAAUUACAUUAACAGGUCGAUGUAUUAUGGAUAAUAUCAAUACAGUUUCAUAUGAUUCAAUUGAAAAUGAAGAAUAG